AGACAAAUUUACCAGUGUGUUAACGGAGAGCUAUGAGCUAUCCUGCCCGUUGAGAUUUCCGGGUAGGCAUAAGCAACCUAAGUGGUGGACCAGGGAACUACGUGAUCAAAGGUCGACGGUUAGAAGGUUGUUUAAUAAGGCAAAGCUUACUAGACUUCCGGAAGAUUGGAACAACUACAAAGUGAGUUUCAAUAAGUAUAAGGGAGAGAUCAAAAGAGCAAAACAGAUAUCAUGGAGGAACUACUGUGAAUCUGUUGGCAACGUAAAUGAGAUGUCUAGGUUCCGUAGAAUUUUAGCCAAAGACCCCAAGGCCUUAGGUUACAUUCAGCGUGAAGACAACUCGUGGACGGAGUCCAGCUCAGAGACACUCUCUUUGCUUAUGGAAACUCACUUCCCAGGUUGUGCUGAUAUAGAUGAUAGGGACUUAAGUCAGGGGGGUCCAAGGACCUGGGGCUUCUAUUCAUCUGGUCAUAUUGAUGAAAUAGUCACUAGGGACAAAUUGGGCUGGGCGGUGAACACUUUUGACCCAUAUAAAUCACCGGGUCCGGAUGGUGUUUUUCCGGCCAUGAUAUUUUCAAGAGGUGUCUCCUCACGGGAUACCUUCCAAGAAGGUGGAGAGAGGUUAGGGUAAUCUUUAUUCCUAAGGCCGGUAGGGCAUGCCACUCGAAACCUAAGGAUUUCAGGCCUAUCAGCCUAUCGUCUUUUAUACUGAAGACUUUAGAACGUCUGAUAGAUCUUUAUCUCAGGAGCAAUAUAGAUACCCGUCUUAUUAGCAACGCUCAACAUGCCUACCUAAAGGGUAAGUCGGUUGAGAGUGCGUUACAUGAGGUGGUUGGUUGUAUUGA